UGUUUUUCGUCAGAAGGAUCGGUCGCUCGUGUCGUGUCGUCCCCACUCGUAUACACGCACACCUUCCGCGAUUUUGAUUCGCCCGUGGCCGGACGACCGUGACUUCCAACCUCGUGCGUGUGUCCCCGAAGCGUGGCUACCGGCUCUUAUGCCGGUACGAACUUGACUUUUUACCACAAAAUUUAUUAUACAAAAAAAACAAACCACUAUUCGACUUGCAAAUAAUUAUUCGGAAACCUGUUGCGGACGCUUUCCCGAUUCACAGCCAGUCACGUGGCUUCCAGUUUUUAGUAGGACUGCCACUUGAAAGAAAUUAAAAUAAUCCAAAGAAGAGAGAAAAUUCGUUAGUGUUUCAAAACCAAGGAAGCACGUGAUUGAUGCUAAAACACCCAAGUUCACUGUUGAAAAUUUUAUUAAUCACAACAAUCUACAGAAUGAAUCAACUGAAUUUUGGCUCAUUCGUAAAAAAAGGGAAUAAUACCACACUUUCCCAUAAAAUUUUCACUUAGAUGUGAGGAUGACUAACGUAGGAUUAAUCAAGUAAUGGGCGGCGAGAGGCUCUGGUGGACAUGGGGAAUGGCAGCACGUGGAACCGUACCAAAUACCAGCUUGCUGGUCGCAUCUGCAGGCUACAUAUGGAACGGUUCCGCAGAACAAGAGGUUUACAAUGGAACCGAAAAUGCCACCUCGACCUUCAUCGGGAAUUUCACUGAGGUACAACGUGACCUUGUCCUCAUGAUAGUCACCGCCAGUUUUCUCGGCCUUCUCAUUCUAAGCACCAUUAUUGGCAACGUUUUCGUGAUAGCCGCCAUUUUGCUGGAACGCAAUUUGCAGAGUGUGGCGAAUUAUUUGAUUCUGUCUCUUGCCGUAGCUGAUCUUCUAGUGGCCUGUCUCGUCAUGCCCUUGGGAGCCGUGUACGAAGUGUCUCAUGAAUGGGCUCUCGGACCGGAACUUUGUGACAUGUGGACCAGCAGCGAUGUUCUGUGUUGCACAGCUUCGAUUUUACAUCUGGUUGCAAUCGCACUCGACAGGUAUUGGGCCGUCACAAACAUCGACUACAUACAUCACCGGACGGGGAGGAGAAUAGGAAUAAUGAUACUAGUAGUCUGGCUGGUUGCAGCUCUCGUUUGCAUCGCCCCAUUAUUUGGUUGGAAAGAUCCGGAAUGGGAGAGCAGGGUUAUGCACGGCAAAUCCUGUCUUGUCAGUCAGGAUAUUGGAUACCAGAUAUUUGCUACAGUAUCAUCGUUUUACCUACCAUUGUUCGUUAUUCUGAUUCUCUACUGGAGAAUAUUUCAAGCUGCGAGAAAACGCAUUCGAAAAAAACCUGGCCAACCUCCUCCGCAAGGUACAACAAAGACAAUGGGUGAACCACCCAGACCAAUAGGAGGUACUCAUGCAGUUGGUGGGGCGUUAGCCCAAGCUCAAUUUUCCGGCGGAAUUGCAGCCGCUGUUGUAGCCGUUAUCGGAAGGCCAUUGCCUACAUUAUCCGAGACGACCACUACGACGAAUACCACGGCAUUGACGAACGCUAGUUCGCCGAACACGUCGCCGGAGAAAACAUCAUACCACAAUGGCUUGGAUCCGGAUCCCUCGACGAUGGAUGCGUCUCCUCGACCUGUAGUACAUCGUAGGAAAAAGAUAGCAGCCGAUUCGAAACGCGAGAGGAAGGCGGCGAAAACACUGGCAAUCAUCACCGGAGCGUUCGUCUUCUGCUGGCUUCCCUUCUUUGUCAUUGCCAUAUUACAUCCGGUUUGCGAGGCCUGCAACAUUAGUGACAAACUUAUGGCCUUCUUUCAAUGGCUAGGAUAUUUAAAUUCCACCCUGAAUCCAGCGAUCUACACUGUAUUCUCACCGGAAUUCAGGAGCGCUUUCAAGCGACUACUGUGCAGACACAAAAGAAGCAACAUCGGCCGAAGAAUGGGCGGUCGGCGUCACAUGUAGGAAUGGGUUUAGGGUGGAGGCUACUUAAUUUAUAUGCCCUGUGUUAUUUUUUUAAGCGUAAACGUACUUUUAUCGCUAAUAAGAUCGUCUGCUCUUUAGUAAAUUAGAAACCAUUAAUCUCAGAACGAAAAUAAAAAUAACUAAUAUAAUAUGCAUUUCCUAAUAUAUCACAGUUAUGCAUCAAUAAUUUUCACAUAAUUGAUUAUAUCUUAGUAAAUAAUAUAUUAUUUUUUUAAAUUAUGUUUAAUGUUUAAAGUUUACUUCUUUUUAUGAAAUAAUAUUUAAAAACUGUGAAUUAUUUCAAACCGUUCCUUUAAGAA